AUGGAACGCAGGCCUGAAGUGCGGGACAGCUCCCUGUCGACUCUCACCAUCGUGGAGGGCGGAGACGCCACGCUGAUCUGUGAGGUGGCGUCCGACCCUGUUCCCGACGGCAUCACGUGGUUCUGGAGGGACUCCAACGGAAAAGAGACCAUCUACACUGCAGGGAUCACAGAACACGUCGCGGUGAGGGAAGAGAGAACGAACAAAGGUGUGAAGAGCCUGCUGACCGUCAGCACGGCGGCGCUAGACCAGGCCGGGAACUACAUGUGCCGGGCGUCUAACAUGUUCGGCUCGGACCAGAAGGACUUCAGGCUGGAAGUACAAGAUUCUCACCUGACACUGAUCAUCGUGAUCGCUGUGACGACGGUGGUGUCUCUCCUGGCCGUGAUCGUCGGAGUUUGUAUCGUCAAGAAGAAAGGUUGGAUCUGUGACGACAGGGACUCAGAAACAUCCAGUGUAUCCGUGUCGAGACCUGUCCCGCCUGUCCCUGGCCCGGACAUGGUGGACAGGGAAGAACGGGACGGCAAGCCCGAGGGUUUGUACGAGUAUGACGUCAACAACGGCACCCUGAAGCCCCGCCCUCCGCCCAGGUUGGACAAGGACCCGUACUCAAUAGGACUGUCUUAUCCACGACUGGUAAACGUGCUUCCUUCCUACGCCACCGUGGAGCGAGACCAGCCCAAGAGCCCGGACCCUGACCUGCAGCCCCGCCCCUCCGGAGAUGGCGAGUGCGCCCCUACUAUCACUGAGCUUCCCCCGAGACACAGCGGUCUGUUCGAGUGUAAAGCUGUAGAUAACCCCAGCCAGCGGCCACCUGGCUACAACGAGAUCCACGCUUUCUAGGAGCGGCUUGCGAGAUUCCAUUCCUAUAAAACAUCCUGCACUGGAUGGAAACAUUGGAGAUCUCAGACUUCCGGGAAGUACUUAGGAUUUUCCGUGACUUUCAAGUUCGCAGACCUCCGAGAAGUGUUUUGAGAACUGUGGAGAUUGUAUAAUCACGAUGUAAUCUAAUCGGGUAUUUCAGUACUUCCUGAAGGCGCGUGAUAGGUCACCUUCAGGUGACCUCCCUAUCAAUCAACUGUCAAAUAUCACCUCCAACCCACCAUGUAACCGAAAGCAAUUAGGGCAGACAAUCCCAUAAACUCGGCCACCCAAAACAAUACUUCAAUAAUCGGAAGUAAUAGUCGUUGAUAGCAAUUUCACCGAAGGAACCAGACAUGGUGUACAUACGAAUAAAGAGAACAGCUUCACCAGAAUGGAGACUUCCUAACCCCCAAUGUGGACAUUACCUGUUGAAUCAACGUCUUCACAACGUACAUGUGACAUGAAACAUCCAGACGUUGUUAUCUCGUCACCUUCAUGGAUGAACGUUUCCCUAAAGUAUCCCUUCUCCACCGAACCCUUCAUGCAAGCUCUGCACACCAAAAGGGCCGUUUGAGUGUAAGCACCUUACCAAGAUACUCUACUCGCCAAGACAUUAUGGUGUCUCCAAUUCACGGAAGUGAACGAGUUGCAGAUUGUGGGUUUAUCGGACGAUCUUACCAUUCAUACCUUCUCAUCGGGGUAGUUAAUAUGUAGAUAUCUAAGAGUUUAUCAAAUGGGAAAUUUUUCGUGUCAAAUAACUUGUGAACCCGUGAUGGCUUCCAUACUCUAUUUGUGUCCAAAAGAUUGGGCGACAUUUUACACGGUGUCGUCGCAUGGACAACAUCCAGUGAUAAACUGUAUGUUACGACGAUACAGAAGACAUUUCGCAAACUGUGUUUCAUACGGAGCACUAUCUCACCAACAUACAAAACAGUACAUUGUCGGGUCACUAUCAAGUAACAAACGUAGCUAGAGUUUAGGUAUGGACCAAGAUAGGGGGCAUGCCGUAUAAGUUAGCAGAUUACCAGUCUUUAAAUACGUUCCGAAGAUGCGUAGACAUAUUCAAGUAUUGAUUAAACAUACCUCGCGGUUAAAACUACCAGUCGUUUUGAUGUACAGUGGAAACGAUUUUUAAAUAAAAGUUUACUUUUACUCGUGUAAUUAAUCAUUGAACCUCCAUCAUUCUAGAAUUCCAUUGAUAAACAUUGUUGAUACUAAACCCCAUCUUUUCGU